GUUAUUUAUUUAGUAGGAAAAUGUUCUUCAGUUUCAGAGGGAAUGACCAUCUCAUAUUUCAAGUGAUUUCUAAUCUCUUUGAAAGACUGAAAAUUGUACACAAUGUUGCAUAUUCUUAGCCAGAUUACAGUCCUCUAGGUCUAUUAAUGUUGAAUGUAUUAAGUAAGAUGGUCAUUAUUUUGGUGUAUUUACCAGGACUUGUAGUCACUCAUUUCUUGCAGCUGUUUCUUGCUACCUUCCGAAUUUUACAACUCCCCAAAAUAAAGGUGGGGAAUACAAACACCCACCCUCCUUUUCUGAAGACACUCCUGUGAUGUAAACACAAAUACAGACAAGAGGAAACUGAAGGCUUUACGAUCAGUGUUGUUGCUAAACUUUUGCUAUUUCUUUAAAAUUUUUGACCCCCACGCUAUCUGCUUGCAGCGGAGACAGCAGCUCCCAGCCCACGGCUCCUGUGGACUCAGCUCCCGGCGCGGCAGGGAAUCGAUCUGAGGUCUCUCCCUCAACCGCCAUUAAAGCGAUUUCCUUUGUUCAUUUACUUAACAAAUAUUCAUUCCGUUUCAGCUGCUUCUUCGCCUCUGGAAAAUCAAUUUGGGCCUCACGUUCAGCCCCAGCACCCUGCACGCACGGUCCCCUGCUCACUCAGAGCCCCGUCGCAGGCACUGCCUCAGCAAACGCUGCGUCGGAUUUACCAAAUGCCGCCUCUCCUAGGACUAAAAGGCCUCGAGCAUUAAGCCGGCUCGCUUCUCUUCAUCCCUCUCUGCCACCCAGGAAAGCGUUAAUAAGAAUAGUGACCACAGUCUCGCUCAGCCCGUGCGGCAGCUAGCUGAGCCAGUCUCACACUGCGAGGCGCCAUUCUGUCCUCAGCUUGCCCCAAGCUGCGGCCGGGACUAUCGGAUGGAGAGCCAGGACGAGUGUAAGAGUCUAAGCUUCCAACGCCUCUCGGCAGGAGGUGGACCGGAGUUCCGCGGGGGUCCAGCAGCCCCCUCAGUCUCAGCUGGAUUUUUCCAUCCGUCCUGCUGGCUCUGGAUCCCGGACUUCGCAGCGGAACUACAACUCCCAACCCCGUGGCUGCCCGGACUCCCGGAAGUCCCUGCCCACCGGACGGAAGUAGCUGAGACCCAGCCUAGAGGCCGGGGGCUAAUUCAACUAGAAAAGGGGGCGGGAAGGGCUGCAGGGCACCUGUCAGUUCGCCACCAUGAACGUGGUUUUUGCUGUGAAGCAGUACAUUUCGAAAAUGAUAGAGGACAGCGGACCUGGUAUGAAAGUACUUCUCAUGGAUAAAGAGACGACUGGCAUAGUGAGUAUGGUAUACACACAAUCAGAGAUUCUUCAGAAGGAAGUGUACCUCUUUGAACGUAUUGAUUCUCAAAAUCGAGAGAUCAUGAAACACCUGAAGGCAAUUUGUUUUCUUCGCCCUACGAAGGAGAAUGUGGAUUAUUUGAUUCAGGAGCUUCGAAGACCCAAAUACAGUAUAUAUUUUAUUUAUUUCAGUAACGUGAUCAGCAAGAGUGAUGUGAAGUCACUGGCCGAAGCCGAUGAGCAAGAAGUUGUGGCUGAGGUUCAGGAAUUUUACGGCGAUUACAUUGCUGUGAAUCCACAUUUGUUUUCCCUUAAUAUUUUGGGCUGUUGUCAGGGUCGAAAUUGGGAUCCAGCCCAGCUGUCCAGAACAACUCAAGGACUGACAGCUCUCCUUUUAUCCCUGAAGAAGUGUCCUGUUAUUCGUUAUCAGCUUUCAUCAGAAGCAGCGAAGACACUUGCAGAAUGUGUUAAGCAAGUGAUAUCUAAAGAAUAUGAGCUGUUCGAAUUCCGCCGGACAGAGGUUCCUCCAUUGCUGCUUAUUUUAGAUCGCUGUGACGAUGCCAUCACCCCACUGCUCAACCAGUGGACAUAUCAAGCCAUGGUCCAUGAACUACUGGGCAUAAACAACAAUCGAAUUGAUCUUUCCAGAGUGCCAGGAAUCAGCAAAGACUUAAGAGAGGUCGUCCUGUCUGCUGAAAAUGAUGAAUUUUAUGCUAAUAAUAUGCACCUGAACUUUGCCGAGAUUGGUAGUAAUAUAAAGAAUCUCAUGGAAGAUUUCCAAAAGAAGAAACCAAAAGAACAGCAAAAACUAGAAUCAAUAGCAGAUAUGAAGGCCUUUGUUGAGAAUUACCCACAGUUCAAGAAGAUGUCUGGGACUGUGUCAAAGCAUGUGACUGUGGUUGGAGAGCUGUCUUGAUUGGUCAGUGAGCGGAAUCUGCUGGAGGUUUCUGAGGUUGAACAAGAACUAGCCUGUCAGAAUGACCACUCAAGUGCUCUCCAGAAUGUGAAGAGGCUCCUGCAGAAUCCCAGAGUAACAGAGUUGGAUGCUGCCCGCCUAGUGAUGCUUUAUGCUUUACAUUAUGAGCGACACAGCAGCAACAGCCUGCCCGGCCUUAUAGUGGACCUCAGGAACAAAGGCGUUUCGGAGAAAUAUCGGAAGCUCGUGUCUGCAGUUGUUGAAUAUGGUGGCAAACGGGUUAGAGGAAGUGAUCUCUUCAGCCCCAAAGAUGCCGUGGCUAUAACCAAACAGUUCCUCAAGGGCUUGAAGGGAGUAGAAAAUGUGUAUACACAGCAUCAGCCUUUCCUGCAUGAGACCCUGGACCUACUCAUCAAAGGAAAGCUUAAGGAGAACCUCUAUCCUUAUGUGGGCCUCAGCACACUCAGAGACAGACCUCAGGAUAUCAUUGUGUUUGUAAUUGGAGGAGCCACCUAUGAGGAGGCCCUGACAGUUUAUAACCUGAACCGGUCUACUCCUGGAGUGAGGAUUGUCCUGGGAGGAACCACUGUGCACAACACAAAAAGUUUCCUAGAGGAAGUGCUGGCUUCAGGACUGCACAGCCGAAGCAAGGAGAGCUCUCAAGCCACAGUGAGGUCAACAAGCAGAAGAUGAGCUGUGGUGGAGCCUGGGAAGAGGGCGCUUCC